GACUUCCUCACUGGACUAAAUCCCCAGGCUUCAGGUGGGGAUUUGAUCCCUGGUUCCUAAUGGGCUCAGAGGCUGAGCAGCAGGUGCUGCGGGAAGAAAACUUCAGAGCAAGGAGUCCCGGGUUCUGAGUUCAGGGCCUGGACAAUCCAGAGAAGAAGGAGGAGGAGGAGGUGAAAGAAGGGGGUGGCAGGGAAAGAGCAACAUUGGGAAAAGGUGUCCCUGGAAUGGAAGGGAGAACCCAGAAACUCCUGGAGGAUGUCCAGUGAUUGCUACAAGGUCCAGGAGAAGUGGCUCAUCUCAUUCUCAGAGGAGGAGGUCCACUAUCUGAGCAGCAACCAAAGCCCGACUCUGCCCUGGAGCAGUACAGAACCCACCCUCUCUCAACCUGCCCCCGAGAGCCAACAGGACGCUGAGACAUGCACGGAGAAUGGUAAGGUACAGAUAUUGAUCCCAGAUUCCCAGAGCAACCUGAAGAAUGAGCUGGUUGGGCUCAGGAGUCAGCUCCAGGCCCAGACCAAGGCCUUUGAGUUCCUGAACCACUCAGUGAUGCUGCUGGAGAAAGAGAGCAGUCUGCAACAACUGAAGAUUCAGCAGCUAGAAGAUGCCUUGAGCCUGGUGUCUUGCUCAGCUCAGGAGGAGCUCCUGGAGCAUGGGCUGGAGCAGGGGUUACAAGAGUUGUGGGGGGCCCUGGGGCAGAGGCUGCAGGAGCUGGGUGGGAAUGACCACUACAACAAGGAGCCUCAGCACCAGCAGUGCAGCCAUUCCCUUCAGCAGCUGGCCCAGGAGAUCCAUGACAGUAAGGUGUUCCUGUGGGAAGAGCUAAAGACGCUACAGGACAAAGUGGCCCAGAUCCACCAGAAGCUCACUCCCUCCGCUUUGCCCCUAUACUACCCCGUCCUAGUCACGCAGGAGGAGGAAAUCACCCAGAAUUUCAUCAACAUCAAGAAAAUGCAGGACAACAUGGUAAAAUGCCGCAAGUUUCUGACCAAGCUGAAGGAACAGAGUGGGUUGCCCUUGGCUGAGGAUCUGGCUGGAAGCAAGUGGGCCAAGGAAGUGGAGAAGGAGCUGAAGAAUAUCAGGUUGAACAUCAAUACCCUUCAAAACGGCAAAGAACAAAACAUCCAGGGGAUCUUGGGGACUAAAGGGACAGGCCAGAGAGGUCGCCACUGUCGCUCGCCGACCCCAUCGACAUCAGCUUGGACCUUGAAGUCAGGCACCACGGCCCAGGAUGAGAGCAGUGCAGAAGACUGAAGCCAGUGCUUGGGUCCCUUUGUCUGGACAGUCCUGACUACCUGCUGCCUGGCCUGAACCCUAAGGUCUCAGUUCCCCCAUCCGAGGUCCCACAAAGUCAAUAAAC